AUGACAGAGUCACCAGAUUGCCUGCUGGACGGCAGUCCGCUCUUCAGCGCCGCUCAGCUGGGCAAACUGCGCUUGGUUCGUCUUCUGGUGGAGGGAGGAGCGCAGGUCAACGAGAGAAACCAGCGAGGAGAGACGCCUCUGCUGGCCGCCUGCCGAGCUCUGCGGGGCGAUCAGUCCGGAUCCAGCAUGCUCAGACUCAUCCAGUAUCUCCUCCACAACCAGGCCGACCCGAACAUCCAGGACAAGACGGGCCGCACGGCUCUGAUGUACGCCUGCAUGGAGCGGGCCGGGCCGGACGUGGCGUUGGCUCUGACCGCGGCGGGCGCAGAUCCCAGCACAGAGGACUACGCCGGAGCCUCGGCCCUCGUUUACGCCAUUAACGCCCGCGAUCAGGACACACUUACAGUGCUGCGGGAUGCCUGCAAAGCCCAGGGACAAGACAUCAUCAUUAUAGCCACCGAUCUGAGCUGCGACCCGCAUGUCCCUCCGUCGCCUGACAGCUCGCCCGUCUCCUGCAUGUCGCCCUCAGACAUCGAGCUCAAGACCAACUCUCCCAACUCUGAGGGCGAGAGCAUAUUUAACUUUCGAGGAGGCGGGCCGGUUUCUCCCGUCCAUCCGAGUAGCGAGACUCGCUGUCGGCAGCGUUUGCGCUCGGAGCCUUGGCUGGCCCUCCAAAACCUGGCGCAUCUCAGCCAGAGCUAUGAGAAAAACUCAGACGAGGAGGAAAACCAAGAGGACGGCUGUUCUCUUCCCACCUAUUUGAAGUUUAAACCCGAAUCAGAGCAGCUGCAGAGCAGAAGAAACACGCUUCCAGAUCUUCUUCAGCCGCCGGCCCUUAAACUCACACUGUCCGGAUCCGACACUCACUUGCACCGGGAUCCCUGCACUUCGAGGUUCCCUUCCAUCUACAGGAGCAGUUCGCUGUUGCUGGCGCCUCCCGACGGGCUUCACGAGCUCCACGCGCCGAACAGAAAGAAGGCAAGAGAGCAGGCGAGAGCUCACGGCGGAUUCUUGCCUCCUCUUCCCGGUGUUUCCGUGAGGAACGUGUGCAGAGAUCCGAUCCCAGCCUCAGCUCCUCUCAGACGGGAAGCUCACGGUCCGUCACGCCGUCACUCGGUUCAACUCGAGCAAAUAACACCGAAGGAAAGCUCGGAGACGCUCUACCUGUUGUGA